CUAGCAUCUAGUAUCUAGCACCUCAAUUGCAACCCUCCACCCUCAAUCCAUCUUUAUACCACAGCACAGUCCUCACCACCACCACCACCAUGGGCUCCUCUCAACCCCACGUCCCCCAACCCGGCGUCUGGUGUCCCGCCGUGACCUUCUUCAACCACAGCACCGACACCCUCGACCUCCCCUCCCAACACCAAUACUACCAAUACCUCUCAACCACCGGCCUCACCGGCCUCGUCAUCCUCGGCACCAACUCCGAAGCCUUCCUCCUCACCCGCGAAGAACGCGCCCAACUCAUCCGCACCGCCCGCGCCGCCGUCGGCCCCAACUACCCCCUCAUGGCCGGCGUCGGCGCCCACUCCACCAAACAAGUCCUCGAACUCGCCACCGACGCCGCCGCCGCCGGCGCAAACUACAUCCUCGUCCUGCCCCCGGCCUACUUCGGUAAAGCCACCACCCCCGCCGUCGUGAAACGUUUUUUCGCGGACGUCGCGCGCCACAGCCCCCUCCCCGUCGUGGUAUACAAUUUUCCCGGCGUGUGCAAUGGCGUCGAUCUGGACUCGGAAACCAUCACCGCGAUUGUGCGCGAAUCUGCGGCGACGAGACCAGACGGGGUAUCGAAUGUCGUGGGGGUGAAAUUGACGUGUGGGUCCGUGGGGAAGAUCACCCGGCUGGCGGGGACGUUUUCCAAAGACGAGUUUGCAAUUUUUGGUGGUCAGUCGGAUUUCCUCAUUGGGGGGUUGGCGGCGGGUUCGGCGGGGUGUAUUGCGGCGUUUGCGAAUGUAUUUCCCAAGACCGCGGCGAGGGUUUAUCAGUUGUAUGUGGAGGGGAAGAUCGAGGAGGCCACGGUGUUGCAGCGCAAGGCUGCCCUCGCGGAAAGUCCUUGUAAGAGUGGUAUUGCGGCGACCAAGUAUGCGGCUGCGGUGUUUACGGCCGCGGCGGCGGGGAUUGAGGGGGCCGAGGAGAAGUUGAAGCCCCGGACGCCGUAUGAGGAGCCGGCGGAGGGGGCGAAGAAGGCGGUUAGGGAGGUUAUGGGGGAGGUGGCGGUUAUUGAGGGGGGGUUGUAA